AUGUUAUCCCGACCGGCCACCCGGUUGGCCCGUCUGGUUCGAUUUUCCAGCAGCCCUCGGAUUAUCUGCACUCGGCCGGUUGCACGCAACUCGCUUGGCGGCCGUUCGAUAUCGUCCAGCGCAGCCUCAUGGGCCAAGAAGAAAGGCGUGGGCAAUAGCACUGGCAAGCCAAGCCAUGAGGACGUAUCGAAAGUCUCGCCGAUGGAGAACCAGGACGGGAUGGCGGAACGAUUCAAUCGGAACCAGGUCGAGAAGGAGAUGGACAUGGCCGUCGCGCGGCUGAGACAGGGCGUCAACCUGAUCGUCAACCGGGUCGGCCGCCUGACGCCCGCCUUUCUCGACGGGAUCAAAGUCAUGCAUGACCAACAACGUCUAGGAAUGAGCUCGGUGGCUCAGGUGGUCGUCCUCGACUCCAACACUUUGUCCGUCGUUCCGUACGAUCCAUCGUUUACCAAGUCGAUCGAACAGGCUCUCUACGGCUCGACUUUGAACUUGGCUCCCAAGCUGCAGGCCGACGGCUCACUCUCAAUCGCCAUCCCAAGAUUGACCAUCGACACCCGUAAAGUACUGGCCAAAGAGAGCGGCGAGCUCUGCGAACAGGCCCGGGCCGGAAUCCGAAACAUCCGCCAAGCUGCUCAAAAGGCAAGCAGGACAGACCUCGACUCUAACCUGAUCACCAAGGACGACUUCAAAGAUAACCAGAAAGCUCUCGACAAUCUCUCGAAAACUUACGGGAAAUUGGUCGACGGGAUCGAAACCAAAUCCAAGGCCGUCUUGCUCGACAAAUGA